UAAAGCGCAUGUCACCUAAAUAAAUGUGCGUAAUCCUUAUUUUGAUAACUUCUGGUGCGUUAUCAAGUGAUGCUUUAUAAUUUGCGUUGAUUAUGAAUGACUACAGCAAAGGUCAGGCCACAAUCUUAUCUUCUGCUCUUUAAAUGUUUGUGCUGUAGAUCAAGUGAAGUCAGUUUACUAAGAGCAACUAUUGAAUAAAGUUUUCGAGAUAUUAUAUUCGACAUCUGUAUAUAUUUUCGUAUAAAAAAAAAAUAAGUGACGAAACAACAGUGUUACAACAACGAACAACAAAUAAAGUGAUAUUUUCUAGUGAAUUAAUAUUAAUUGUGAAUUUUAAAAUGCCUCUUCGUCGUAGUAAGGUUCUAGUAAAAUGGAUCUACGAGAACCAGCACAAAAUGCAGAAUCUGCGUCGAUGCAGUUCGACGCUACGUUACAAAGAGUUGGAGGAAAGCAAUGUUCAAACUCUAGAGCAAGUCGCGCCCGUAACGUCAGCGGCCGCGCCCGCACACAAGCCACGCCCCGAUGUCACACCAGAAACUUCCUUCAAGUAUGACGACCUACAAGUGUCGUUGGCUGCACCUUACCAACUGCAGCGCAAACCAGACGCGAACGAUUUGGGAUUCGGAAAAUAUUUUACGGAUCACAUGCUCAAAAUUAAUUAUUACAAAGAGCUUGGUGGUUGGCAGAAACCUGAAAUCACUCCCUUUGAGCACUUAACGAUACACCCAGCGGCGAAAGCCCUACAUUAUGCUGUUCAAUUGUUCGAAGGAUUAAAAGCGUACCGGGGGGUCGAUGAUAAGAUAAGAUUGUUUCGGCCUGAUUUGAACAUGGAAAGGAUGAAUCUCGCCGCCCAAAGGUCGGGUUUGCCGAUGUUCGACGGUGAAGAGUUAAUCAAAUGCAUCAUUCGGCUCGUACAAAUCGACCAGGAAUGGGUACCUCACUCGGAAACGUCGACACUUUACAUACGACCUACAUUAAUUGGCACUGAGCCUACGUUCGGGAUAAUGAAGCCAGAAUCGGCAAUGCUCUUCGCAAUUCUAAGUCCAGUGAGUGCGUAUUACAAGACGAAUUCAGAUGGAGCGGUGUCAAUAUACGCGGAUCCUACUGUGGUCCGAGCGUUCCCUGGAGGCGUGGGCAAUAGGAAAGUCGGCUCUAACUAUGGACCUACGAUAGAGAUAACGUCUCGAGCUGCAAAAUUAGGACAUCAACAAGUAUUAUGGCUAUUUGGUCCUAACCAAGAGCUGACUGAAGUCGGAGCUAUGAAUAUCUUCAUCGUUUACAUCAAUGAGCACGGAGAUAAACAGUUGAGCACGCCGCCAUUAAAUGGUCUCAUACUGCCGGGAGUCACUCGACGGUCUAUUUUGGAGUUAGCGAGCCAAUGGGAAGAUGUCACGGUCAAAGAGGAGGUUAUAACUAUGGAGCGGUUGAUACAACUUAACAGUCAAGGCCGGUUACUAGAGAUGUUCGGAGCUGGCACGGCGGUUAUCAUAACGCCGAUCAGUAACGUGGGCUACAUGGACAGCAAUAUUUCCGUCCCCACAAUGCAACACACCUUACCUGUGUACCAACGACUAAAGGACACGCUAUUGGCCAUACAAUAUGGCCAUAUAGAACAUCCGUACGCUAAAAUCAUAUCAUAGCGCAGUGCUUAACGACUUUGGGUUUUAACUGGUGAUAUAGUGCAGUGGCGGCUAAACAUUCUUGUUACAUAACAAAGAUAUGUAAAACGAUGUGUGAUACGAAAAACAUCGAACGAUUUUCGCAAAUAAACUUAUCUCAUUGUAAAUAUUAUGAAUAGGAUUAUGUUUUGAGUAGGCACGUGCCUUGAGUUUUGCUUUUGCGCACUGAUUUUAGGUUAGCUUUACGAAUUUACAAGAUUAUGCGUGGUUUAUUCAAGGUCCAGUUCCACUGAUGUUCCCUUUCCAUAUUCUAAGUAUGCAACUCUGUAUUUUUUUCAGUGUUGCUUAACGAUAAUAACACCUACCUUAAAACAAGGUGUUGAACGAAUAUUUCGUAUUUUUGACGGAAUUAUAAUGCUAGAAACUUGAACUAAAUAAUUUAGAUUGAGUUUAAAAACUAGCGGGUAACAGUGACUUAAUAAAUGGAAGGGUCGAGGGUGAAAUAUAUUUUUUUAUUCUUAUCAUUAAUUAUUUUGAAAACAAAUAAAUCAAUCCUGAUGCACGUACUAAUGAUGCAGAAACUUAUGAAAACAAAUAAAUCAUAAUUUAUUGCCGUCUUGUAUUUUCUAGCUACUGUUAUUUAUUUAUCAUAUUCUAUAUCAGCUAUUAUAUUAUGUUUUUAUAUUAUAAUUAUAUAUACAAUAUUAUGUUCAGCGUAAAUAAAAUGUGGGUUUUCCUAUACGUAAAUAGUUACCUUGACUCGUUCCUAAAUUUUAAUAAGUAUUUGAUAAGAGACUAUUUAAAUGUUUAGGAGUCAGAUUAAAUGAUGUAAUAAAUGUUAUAUACAUUUAUAUAUGUUAUGGACGAGGUAAAUACAUUGGGACAUUUUUCAUAAUCAGCGCAUUUUUUACAAGUCAAUAUUUAGGUAAUUGUUGUCUUGGCGGGCACAUAUUUCUAUAUAGUUUUACUGGCUUUUAAUUGGUCAAACUAAGCUAGCGUACAAGUCGAUGCUCUAUGUAGUUUCAAAUGCGGAACCAAACCCAAUCUUUCGCUCUAAUUAUGUUUUCAUGCUGCAUUAUGCACAGACAUUAUGAAGAAGCCCCCGUUUAUUACUUGUCCAUGACAUACAUAUUUUAAAUUAGUGCAAUAUAAUGUGUAUAGUUUUGUAGACAAUGGCUGUAAUGUGAUCAGAAUGUGAUAUGUGUAUGUAACAAGGUAAAGGCUAUAUUUAGCUUUGAAGAAGCAUUUGUUGAAAUCUCUUUGAAAUCUUACUUAUUUCUAUACAUUUCUUACCUUUGAAAGGCAAUAUUGCCUGAAUAAUGUUUUGUCAAACUGUUUUUUUCUAGUCUAAGAAUCUAUGUAAAUCGAAUGUGAAUAAAUUAUUUAUAAUAUUUUAAGUGAAAA